UCAUCUUUGGUUGGUCCGGAGAGCCGCGCGCUGCUCAGCGUUUCGCUUUCGCGCUCCUGAACCGCCGUCGCUUGGAGACUGGAGGUCGCGGCGGGAACACUUCUCCUUUCAGCCGGCGUCAGCUGUCAGCUUCUCGGUUAAAAAGUUGCCCGUUUCCGUGCGCCGGCGUCUCUUUCACAUGCGAGGAUGUGGUUCCCCACAUGAGGGUUUAGAGCCGCGCCAUGGUGUUGACCCAGGGACUCCUCGUGGAAACGAGACGCUGUGUUUCUAUGGGUACAUGAAUCUGAAUUCCACUGGCCAGAUGCCUGUAAUGGAGGAAGUCGAUUCCAAUGAGAGCAACGGCAUGGCAAAGAGGGUUGCUCUCAUCAGCUUCCUGUCGCUGGUCAUGCUCAUGAGCGUCCUGGGAAACCUGCUGGUUAUGGUGGCCGUCUGCAAGGACCGGCAGCUCAGAAAAAUUAAGACCAAUUACUUCAUAGUAUCGCUGGCCUUUGCUGACCUGCUGGUGUCAGUGCUGGUGAUGCCAUUUGGGGCCAUUGAGCUGAUCCAUCAGAACUGGAUCUACGGGGAGACCUUCUGUCUGGUCCGCACCUCGCUGGACGUGCUGCUGACCACUGCCUCUAUCCUGCACCUGUGCUGCAUAUCUUUGGACAGGUACUAUGCCAUCUGUUGUCAGCCUCUGGUCUACAGGAAUAAGAUGACUCCAAUGAGAGUGGCUCUUAUGAUAGGAGGAUGUUGGAUUAUCCCAACUGUCAUUUCCUUCUUACCAAUAAUGCAAGGCUGGAACAGUAUUGGAAUAAAUCAUUUGAUAGAGGCACGGAAGUUCAGUGGCAACUCCACGGUGUGUGUGUUCAUGGUGAACAAACCGUACGCACUCACCUGCUCCGUGGUGGCCUUCUACAUCCCGCUAGGUCUGAUGGUCCUGGCCUACCAGCGCAUUUAUGUGACAGCACGCGAACACGCCCGGCAAAUCAGCAUGCUGCAGAGGGCGGGUGGAGCAGGCAAUGCCGCCUCGGACAGCGCAGACCACCAGCGCAACCACCGCAUGCGCACUGAGACCAAGGCAGCCAAGACUCUGUGCAUCAUCAUGGGCUGCUUUUGCCUCUGCUGGGCUCCUUUCUUCAUCACCAACGUGGUGGACCCUUUCAUAGACUACACAGUGCCCGAGCAAUUGUGGGCCGCCUGCCUGUGGCUGGGCUACAUCAAUUCCAUGCUCAACCCCAUCCUUUAUGCCUUCCUCAACAAGUCCUUCCGUCGUGCCUUCCUCAUCAUUCUCUGCUGCGGACACAGGCGCUACCGACGGCCCUCCAUUCUGGCACCUGGAGCCCCCUGCACAGCAACACAGAUCAACGGCUCAACGCAUGUACUCAAUGGCUGCUCCUCUGCCUCCAAACUCCUGCUCUGGUUCUGCAACACUAGACCUGUUCCUGUCUAGUUCUGUGUGAGGAGCUCGCAAGUACUCAGUUCUUCACAAUGGAAACCAUAUUGAACAGGAGAAACUGUCAGUGCAGAAUGACACAGAGUCACAGGAAUCCUGCUUCUGACACCGGCUUCUGCUUCAUCAGGACCAAUACUGGAAGGUGCCAUUCCACCACAUCCUACCGGACCUGCAACACGUACUCACGCAGGACAGUCCAGGAACAAAUUACUAGGAGGUGGACUGAGACAUUUUAUCCAACCUCUAAAAGUGAAAAAUAUUGCCAAAGGUAUUAGACUUUUAUUUUUGGAUGUAAUUAAUCCUAAUGUAAAAGAUUUGUGGUACAGUGACCUGGUAUGUUGAGAAAUCUCUAUCGUUUCCCGCAACUAUUACUUGGAAAUUGUUUGGCAAACACCAAAAUUUAUUAAGCUUUAUUUGUGAGGAACUUGAUGGGUGUUUAGUUGAAUUUAAAGCCAGGGCAACUUUUGGACUCCACAGAAGAAACAUGGCUAAAGUAACUGUAAUGUAUUGAUUUUAAUCUGAGACACACAUUACUGGUUCGGGUUCAUGCAGGGGAGCAUUUAAACAGGACAGCUGUAUGUGCGUUUUACAAAAACCUACAUUUUUCAAAUUCCCUGAACCUAAUAUUUAGCAAAUUGUCUGUAUUACAUACAUCAUACCCGACUAUUAAGUCCACUCUAAUAGGCAGAUGUGACAUCUGAUAUCAUACUGUUUCCAUGCAAAAGAUUUUUUAUGAAAAAUGCUUCAAGGUAUGCAGGCUAUGAAAACUGAAAUUGCAAGUUAUUUUUUAUAUGAGUAUCGACCAAAAAAUUGAGUGUUGAUACCUGAAACGUGCACAAUUUUUUUUUUUUAUCAAACCUUAUGCGACAACAGUUUUUUGCAGAUAAAAUCAUUAUGUAAACAAUAUUUAUCACAAAAAGUCAGUUUGAUGGAAAGAAGUAAAAAUCUCAAAGGGUUUUUUUUUUUAUCACUUUCAAUUUGUGCAGAAAAAUGAUAGAUAUGUAGCUCUAGAUGUCACGGAAAAGGUGUUUCCACAAAAAACUAGUGUACUAAAAUGACAUGAGAUUAUGCUACAAAGAAAAUGAAUUUAACUUCAAUCAAGGUAAACAAAUGUAAUUUACCAGUCUCUUUCUGGUCACAAAUAGAAUAAUCAGCUGCUAUAGGCCAAACAUUUCAGGUUUUCUCUGUUUGAGAGCUUUUCUCGCACAAUCUCUGAGCAUGCCACUCCAAUUACAAAGCUGAAUUAUGUUGACAAUGUUGACUUGGCCAGGGCUCCGCUUUGUCACCAAACAGGCAUUUCAACGAUGAUUUCCAUUCAAAGCAUCUCUCCAGGAUUAAUUUGUUACGGUAAACACUAUAGUAAGCUCUUCAGUGCCAUAGCGUCAUGAGUUUCUGCCACAGUGAGAUGCUUCUGCUGCUUUAAGCCAAUAACAGCAGAGGAUCUGCUGAUCUGACUAGUUCUAUGAGAGAGGGCUUCCCAAAUAACCAGCUUUUAUGAUGUUACAGAACAAACCCAUAUACAGCUGCUCCGAACCACGAGGUGGACUUCAUAAAUCACAAUGUUGAUAUUAUUUUAGCUGAAGCAGAACUGAAAACAUCACAAAGAAAUUAUGAGCCGUAUUUCGUCGUAACAGUUAUGGUACUGAAUGGCUCCUUGUAACUUAUCUGUUCCUCAAGCACACAGCUUGGCCAAACCCUGAUUUUUGUCUUUCACAAACACAGCAGCCUACAUACCAGAGGUGUUCUCAGCCUUCAACUGUGCCUCUCUGUAAAGCAAAGGAUAGUGUUCCCUUUUCAAGUGUAUUGUUUCAGUUUAUUUAAAGAAUGUAAGAAUGUAAAUAUCAAGAAAUCUGUAACUGUACAGCGUUUUCAGUGUCAGCUAAUUUCAGCAGAGGAAAUAUUUUCAAUCUAUUGUAAUUUUACAGGGAAGUAUUGACACAGGGUUGUCAGAACAUUAUAUACAGUAGAAUAUAAAUAUCAAACCAGUAGAAAUUAGCACUAUCCUCAUGCUUUUAUUUCUAAAUGAUGACCUCUUCUGCAAUUAAAGCACUUAUAGCACUUUUUAUAAUACAUUAAUGAUAGCUUUCAUAGAUCAAACAGUAUUCUGGUUGCCAAUAUUUUAUCAAAGACCAAACUUAUGAUAGGAGAAUUUUAAAACUGAUGAAUGAAGAAAACUUUUGUGAUUGGUUUCCUUAAUGUGAUAAUUGUGUAAAAUUUGUUGAAGUGUUUCGCGUGCUGAUGUGUUGGCUUGACAGAGCAAAAAAAUAAGACAGAAACACAAAGAAGAAAGAGAGGGAGUUCAAUGAACACAGCUAUAGUGUGCUCCACUUUGAUGGAACACUCUGGUUCAACUUCCUCUCGUUCUCUAUCAACAAAGCUACAAAGGCUCUCUGGCGGAUAAGGAAAUGUCUGAUCUGGGGUUAAAAGGUUUUACCAGCUGAUCUUUCUGUGCUAAAGGUCGGAGCUUAGCAUAUUAUGUCUGUUUUGACUUCAUUGUAAAUAGGAAUAUUUUUAUAUGCAAGGAAUCUGAUGGUAGUCCAUGUGAUCCUUUCUAUAUGCUUCAGUCAGAGGCAAUGCAUUAUUCUUCCAACUUAGUAUAGCAGUUAAAGUCAACAAUGGAUUGCACAUUAUCAUACCAUGUCCCGCAGAGCUGUUCAAUGGGCUUCUCAUUUUACGAUGUUCAUAAAAACGUACAUGGUCGUGCCUUCACAACCAAUUUGUACUCGUGCAGGUUUAUAUUUUUCAGAAGAUACUGCCGCGGCUGAAGUUAACAAAAUUCCCUCCCAUUUGAUUUUAGGUAAAAGGAGGUCAUAGCAAUUUGCACUUGGCUCGUAAAACUAAGCAAGCAUUUGCGGGUUGACGCCACAUCAUGACACAAAAUUGUUGGUAAUGCUAAAUAAAAAGAUGAAAUUAUCUCAGUUCGAGAUCUGUUUACCAGGAGCAACAUCAACCUUGAAAUUACCCAGACGAGUGUGCCUACUGUGUAUUAUGAAAUGGUAUUGAGGAAUAUUAAUUAUGAACAGCCAGUCUGGAGAGUUAUUUUUGAUACUCCGGUUCCACUCUGACACUUCAAGCUUUCAAUUAUGUAGCACCCUUUGACCACAAGUCACUGAGCACUCAGCAAUUUUAGUAGCAGAGGCAAUCAAGAAAGAAAUCGCUUGCAUAAUUUCACUAGUGUCAGUCUGGAGGCUGUUUAAGCUGUGAUGAAGUUUUAUAAUGAUUGAAGCUUGAGGAGAAUACAUUUGACUGUCAAUGUGCUGAGCACAAGCAGAAAGUUUGUGACUCUGUUGAUGUAGAUAUUGGGUAUCUCAGGAUUCAGAGUCCAAAAAGUCUGCUCUCGGCCUACAGGGAUGCAUGCUGAAGUAGAUGGGGCAUAUUGACCCAUCACUGGUGUUAAGUACAUAAAGCUAGCCCUUAGAAGGUGACAGUUAUUACGUUCAUUUGCUAUGCUGUUCAGAUAUUGCAACUGCAUUUAUUUACAUGGUAAGCUGCACAAGCAAGUACAUUUACAUUUGAUUUGCAUGUGGUAUCGACAGGUUCGAGUGUGCACACCCAAAUUUUUCCUUUUGAUGUCAAACAAUAGCAAAACAAGACUGUAUAUAAUAACUUUUCAUCAAAUUCAAAUCUUAAUAAAAUACUCCCUCUUCUAUUUACAAAAACAGAUGAGUUAUCAAUUGAAAGUUUACAAUCCUCACUUUCAGAAGGAAUUCUUUGCUUGGUUUAGUGAACUACAAGCAAGAAAUAAUUAGUAUCGAAUUACAUCACACUUUUGUUCCCACCAGCAAUAACUGUGACUUCUAGGAGCUAGCCAGCAAAGAGAAUUUGAUGGGUCUUCACUUGAUUGCUUUGUACUUCUUUGACUCUUUGCUUAUCUGACCAACAAUAAUGUAUUGCCUCAAAAAAGUGUGACAAAAAAUUGGGUAGGCAUGAGUAUUGUUCAGAAUAAGCCACCGAUGUACCCGUGCCCAAGUGGUUCUAUCUCUCUCACAUACAUACACAUACAGACACACACAGUAAAUGACAAACACCACUGUGUAACACCUCAAAGCCCCGAAGGCAGAAGUUCUCAGCAUGAAUGUGUUGUAAAUCUCCCCAUAACUUGUAGAAGAACUUUUGUAAACUCAGUAUUUAUUUUGGUGGAUUUAAAGAUUGAUAUUUUCAUGUAAGGCUUCUCUUUCAGGGAGCUAUGUGUAUUACUUUUUCUGUUGCUAUGUGACAGCUCUAAUAAAUGAUAAUUAAAGAUAAUGGGAUAUAAUGAA